CACUUGUUCUCAUUGGUCAGUCCAAUUUAUUUUUAGUCGUUGGUCGUAUUAUGAUAUAAACUGUGCUAUUUGCCAAGCCUUUUAUUUCACACCAAAGUGUUUGCUGUUUACACACCUUAGUCGGUACGAUUCGAGGUACGAUUUUAGUUAAAAUGCUUGUGAGGUUUUUAAUUCUUCAUGUAUUUGUGCUUGGCAUGAUUUAUGCAGAGCCAUACAACUGCAGAGGUGAUUACAAUCCAUCAGAUUACAUUGGUAAACUUCGAGUUCCAAUCGAUUGCAAAGUUGAACAGCUGGACUGCCCAGCCUCUUGGAAGUCUGGAAUACCAAGAGGCAGCGAAACAUCGGCGCCAAUGAUUGACCAGCAGUUUCUGAACUGUCAUGAAGGUUUUACUCUGUGUGGAUACGUCCCGAUCGAUCCAAAAUCUGGUGAAGUCCCUGGACAAAGUGGCGUUACGAUUGGUCGUGGUGUUGAUCUUGGAAACAAGUCGAGGGCGUCUUUCACGUCAUUGUCAAGCACAUUGGUUAACAAACUUGACCCUUACUUUGGUUUGACACGAAAUCUCGCUGCUUGUGCUGUGAUUGAACGUCCUUUGAACCUAACACUAACGGAGGCAAACAAUUUGACAGAUGCUGCUACAAACGAUGUAAUAAAUGAAGUUUCAAAAAGAUACGACAGCGAUAAAGAUGAGAAUGCGCUGGAAUUUGCAUCAAUUCCUCGCGGUAUUCGUACAGCCAUCGUCAGCGUUUGGUAUCAGUUUAAUUAUCCUUCUGCUUAUCCAAAGUUCUGGGGAUUUGUGACGAAAAAUGAUUGGGACAAUGCGAUAAAAGAAUUGAGAAUUUUUUAUGAGAAACCGAAAGAGCAGGCUAGAGGAGAUUUGAAAAGACGAAACGACGAAGCGGACAUAAUUGAAGCGACUCUUUUGAAAUGCAACCGCUCUGUUGAUGUUGUUUUCUUGCUAGAUGAAUCUGGCAGUCUUAAACUCCGAGACUUUAGUGACAGCCUUAAUUUUGUAAAGAACAUGACAAAAGCAUUUCCAGAUGAUAAACUCAGCGGAAAAAAUGGAACCAGAUUCGGUUUGUCCACAUUCAGUUCCAGCUACAGAUCACAUUUCUAUUUAUCAAACUAUACAAAGCAGUCAGACUACCUUUCCGCAAUUGGUCGCGUUUCCUUCGCCAGUGGAGGUAGUACCCGUCUUGGUCGAGCUCUAGGAGAAAUCUUAACCGAUCAAUUCACAGAAGAACGAGGCCUGCGUCCAGAGGUAGAUGGAGUACCUCGUAUUUUGAUUGUUUUAACGGACGGCAAAGCGACCGACAGUGUUUCAAUUCCAGCAAAGAAUGUGAGCGAUGAAAACAUAGUUGUUUAUGCGAUUGGAGUCGGCGGGUAUAAUCUUGAACAACUUAAAGACAUUGCUUCUUCUGAGUCACACGUUUACACGCUGUCUACUUUUACCCAACUCGAGAUAUUUAUUUCCACACUAACGGCGUCAACAUGCUAUGAACCCCGCCCUGCGCCUCUUAACGAGACAAUAAUAACAAAUGUAGCAGAGGAUGCUUAUCAGUAUUUCAGUUACAAAGUGAAGCCAUCUUCAAAUCUCGAGAUCAAUGUAGUCGAUUUAUCUGGAAGUACGACUGUUUACGUCUCUCGCACUAACCCUCACCCUUACGAGUACGACUACGACAUUGUCUACGACCUUUCAACCCAAACGAACAAAAUCAUCGUCAUUUCACCAAUUAUAGCUGUACCAAAUACAAAGGUGAAACGGUCAGCCGACGACCAGCUCACACGACAAAUCUAUGUCUCGGUAACUUCCGACACCAACUCGGCUUCGUUCCGGAUUGAAGGCAACGAAUGUAAUCCCUUGAACUGUACGGAGGGAACAAAUCAAAUGCCUACAACUCAACCUCCCACCACUCACCUUCCUACCACUCAGCGUUCUACAACUAUUUCUGCUACUGCUACAUCUACUGCUAAAGCACCGACAUCCUCAGCUCGUGUUGUUGUUGCUACAAAGUUCGUGGUGGUAUGUUUUGCGAUGUUGAUGAUCCUUUUUGAAAUAUAUGACAUUUGAACAUUUGACAUUUCUCGUUUGUUUCUUAAAAUACAAACAUGCGAGGACCUUUCUUUACUUUCAUAUUUCUUAGUUGUAAACAUUACAUAAUCAAUAAUCAUUGCACGUAUGUUAAUUUCAAGCACUUUCUUAAGGCGUUUUCCAUUAAAGUUCGCUUUGCCCGUGCGGGCGAAGCGUUCAUUGUUUUUGACACCCGUCAUGCCCACGUGAGCAUAUUUUCAAAGCCGACUCCCCCCGCGCGGGCAAAGCGACUGCAAUUGAAAAUUGCCUUUUAAGUCUGGUUCACAUAUGUCUGUGAUGUGUCGGCGGGCUAUUGUCUUUAGCAGUUCAACCAAAUAAUUCACAAAAGAAUGUAUGCAUCAACAGCUGUAAACAAUGACGUCGCAGGCAUAUCGCAGACAUAUGUGAACCAGGCUUAAGACUACUUUCCAGUUAAAGGCCGUUUCAUUAGGCGGAAUUUUCCGCGCGGAGCGGAAUUUUUCUUUGUCAUGUGAUUUUUCGGGUGGAACUAAUUAGAAAAGACAAAGAGAAUUUCCGCUCCGCGCGGAAAAUUCCGCCUAAUGAAAACGGCCUCAAGUGUGUACGCAUGGAAAAGUUCACAUCCAUAUAUAAAUGUUACUUGUCAAAUAACUUAAUGAAUAAAAAGUCA